UCAGAAUCUGUCAAAAAAUCAAGGUAAACAAAAAUCGUCAGCUGAUCGCAGCUGUCUUAUGGAUUGCCUUAUUCAACGCCGUUCAAUUCUUCGGCGCAAUUUUCGAUUUAAUUUGCUGUAUUUAUUACAUUCGUUAUAAUUUCCAAAACUUUUACGAUGGCUGACAUGUUUGGGAACAAUAUGGACAAAAUUUUCGAAAGCAUCAGCAACACCGCCAGGCUUGCUAACGAGUAUGGCUCUUCAGAUCAAAAAAAUAUCAAAGUCUACGGCGCACUGGCAGAAAAGUUGGUGGCAAUCGAACAGAAAUUUAACGGUCACAAGAAAGCCUUACAGGAGUCUUCAAAGGAAAUAACUUUGGACGAAUUUGAUCGACGCUACAAAUCAAGCUUGCCUGCUGGCAAGAGCAACGUGAAACAACUAAAACGAUACAAGGAGUUCAUCACCCACACUGGCUCAAUCCUGCAAAUCGACAUUUUGCCACCGAGCAGCGGCAGAGCUCAUUCCGAUGACGAGGAAAUGGAAAUGGAGGAGGUGAUCCAAAAUCUGGAUCCGAUAACGAAGCGGCCUCUGGAAGUUCCAGUACGUAACAAGCUGUGUAAACACGUUUACGAAAAGAGUGCUAUUGAAGAAAUGGUAAGAACGAAUCCUCGAACACGCUGUCCGGCGAUGGGAUGUGCAGCAGAUCAGUUCGUGACGCUAGCGCACCUCGAAGAGGACGAAAAUCUUCGACGCAAAUUGAUGCUUCAGCGGGAACAAGAAUACUAGCAGGGUUUAUUUGAUGUUAAACAAUUUCCACCAUAAUUACCAUUCUAUUCUCGAUUAUAAUACAAGAACAUGUUGAAAUUUA